ACCCCACUUGAUUUUUGUCACCAAUUAAAACCUGCUUCGCCUUUUCACAUCACUCUCUCUCUCCAUCUCUCUCACUAACGCUUUCAAACUCCCACAAGAAAAAGUUUCAAAUCAACAAGAAGAAAACGAAGAUGGACGCUUCCUCGCCUGAUCAAGAAGUUCGUCUACCAGAACCGGUGGAAAUGAUCAUUCAAAGAAUUUGCCUGGAAAAAAACCAGCCACCGCUGAAGAAGUAUGCCAGAAAUAUGCUGGCGGAGAUCGGAGAGCAAGCGGCACUGGAGGUGCUCACAACCGUUUUAUCCUCUAAAACCAUUCGGAGCUUCGGCGGAUACGUCGCCUUUUUGGUCAAGAAAGACUUCCCAAAUCAGGCUGCCGCUGUGCUCAGUGCUUAUGGUUCUCCUCAUCAGUGCUCUACUUCUCCCAACAAAUCUCCCCACACACCGUACUAUGAAAGGUUGCGGUCACCUGUAUCAAGUUUCUCAGUGGACUCUAUCCCAUCAAAUUUGAAUAAGACAGGCCCUCAAAAUAUCAGGUGCAAUCUAUCUUUUGAAAAUGAAACUCUAGAGAAGAGUUGUCCUGGUGCUAGAUGUCAAUCACCACUCCCUGAUGAACUUAGGGAGAUGACAGAUUCUGUCACAAUCAGUCAGCAGUUGAUGAUCCUGAGCCAGCUCCAGUUCAGGAAAUUAUUUUUGGUUCUAAGCUAUAUUGGGAGGCAAAAACUGGAAGCUGUGGUAAACCUAGACGGUGCCAAUGAAAUAUAUAGUAUGAAGGAUCUUCCUAUGAACGAUUUUGAGGCCAAAAUUUGGAACUCAUAUGGGAAGAAAUUCUGUGAGGAAUCGGACCGUAGCCAGUAUCUUGAUUGGGAUUCACAAAAAACCCAUCACUAUUACUGCCAUGUAUGCCGAGAUGGAAGUUAUUAUUUCAAGGGUCCCUAUUUGAAUAGUUUCAGAACUCACUUACAGAGGUCAUUGGGGGAUGAUAGCAUAUUGAUAGUCAAGUUUUUAGAGGAUGACUCAAAUACCAUGGGCAGUAGUGUUGUUGAAGAAGGAAUUCUUGUUGGUCUGAGGCGCUAUCGAUUUUUUGUGUUCAAAGAUGAGCGCAAAAAGGUGAAGAAGAUCCAAAUGGUGGAGAAAAAGUCCACUUACAGUGCUGUUAAAGGCUAUUAUGUACGUGUUGACUCUGUAUGCCCUCACGGUUAUGAGGAAGGUUAUAUUUUGUCAAGAAAAACAAUUAGUGAAGCAAGGCGCCUCUUCAUGCAUAUACAUACUGUCUCAACCAUAGAAAAAUACAUGGCCAGGUUUUCCUUGAUUCUUUCAAAGACAAGAAAGCUUGAUAUUGACUUUAAAGCUGUUACAAUUCAAAGAAUUGAAGAUAUCCCGUUCCGAGAUGAGAAUGACUCAAUUAUACAUGAUGAAGAUGGGAAACCUAUUUUACAUACGGAUGGAACAGGAUAUAUCUCCGUGGACUUGGCAAUGAAGUGUCCAAGAAGUUUUUCUUUGGCAAAUGAUAUCACAGAUAAUAGUUUCGAGAAAUACGAAGAGAUUGUCAACAUUGAAGACACAGCCUGUCAAAAAAGAGGAGCAGAAGCUAGGAAUAAGGAGCCGCCUUUGCUAAUCCAGUGCCGUUUGUUCUAUGAUGGUUGUGCUGUCAAGGGAACUCUUCUCAUUAAUCGAAAGCUUGAGCCAGGAACAAUCCAGAUUAGACCUUCCAUGAUUAAGGUUGAGAGGGACCAGAAGUUGCCAUUGGGAGAAACUUUUAAAUCACUGGAGAUUGUCGCCACUAGUCGUAGGCCAGGCAGAAAUGCUCUUUCAAAAUACUUAAUUGCUCUUUUGAGCUAUGGGGGUGUUCCUCAAGAAUUCUUUUGCAACUUGCUUACAAAUGCUUUGGAAGAGACUCGAAAUGUGUACUCUGAUACACGUGCAGCACUAAGAGUUGCUUCCAAUUAUGAUGGACUAGAAGUUGGAGUUGUGGCACGAAGAAUGAUUUCUUCUGGAAUACCACUUAGUGAACCAUAUCUCCAGCAUUGUCUGUCAAGUCUGGAAAGUGGCGAGAAAAUCAAACUUAAACAAGGGAAGAUACCAGUCAGUGAAAGCUUUUACCUGAUGGGGACAGCAGACCCUACUGGUGUAUUAAAGAACCAUGAAGUCUGUGUUAUCCUUGACAAUGGUCAAAUUUCAGGGAAGGUAUUAGUGUAUCGGAAUCCUGGCAUGCAUUUUGGGGAUGUUCAUGUUAUGGAGGCUGUAUACAAGGAGGAGUUGGAAGAGGUGGUUGGCAAUGCCAAAUAUGGCAUUUUCUUUUCAACCAAAGGGAAAAGGUCUGCAGCUUACGAAAUGGCAACUGGUGAUUUUGAUGGAGACAUGUAUUGGGUUUCAAGAAACCCUGAGCUAUUAAAAUAUUUUAAAGCAAGUGAACCAUGGAAACGCUUCUACUCAACACCUGCUGAUUCGAAGAUAAGAAAUCCACGUGAGUUUUCAGAUAUGGAGUUGGAACAUGAACUUUUUCAAUUAUUCCAAGAAGCUCGGGAACCAAGCUUCAGCAUGGCGACAGCAGCAGAUAGCUGGCUCACAUUUAUGGAUCGGCUCUUGACGUUAGGUGAUGAUUGUGCCUCUGAGAAGCUUUCUUUGAAGAAAAAGAUCAUUCAGUUGAUUGACAUCUACUAUGACGCACUAGAUGCCCCAAAAAGUGGGAAAAAGGUUAAAGUUCCUAACGAGUUGCGAGCGGAGAUGUAUCCGCAUCACAUGGAAAGGGGGGCUGAGUUUAGCUACAACUCAUCCUCUAUAUUGGGCCGAAUAUAUGAUAAAGUACAGGCGUUUAAAAACGAUGCUGUGCCCGGAAAAGAAAUCUGGAAAUUGCCGUUCCUUGACGAUCCGAUCCCUGAGCUAUACCUCAAGUGGAAGGCUAGGUAUAAAGAUUACCGAGAAGAAAUGACAAGUGCCAUGAAAUCCAGCGACGAAUCUAAGGAUCUGGCUGCACGUGAUGUUAUCCACAAGUACAAGCAGUUGUUGUAUGAAGCUCCUUGUAUGGAAGAAAGUGCAAAGAAUACUGAAGAGAUCUAUGAGGAAUCUGUCGCUAUAUAUCAUGUGGUGUACGACUAUGCAAUGCGUCAUGGUGUGACGAGAUGCAGUUUUGCAUGGAAAGUAGCAGGGUCUGCACUGUGUGAUCUGUGUGCCUGGAAAUUAGCUGGUCCAAAGGAGGAGCCGAUUGCAAUUUUACCGUCUGUUCUUCGCGAGCUGUUGAAAUAGUGGCAAGCAUGGCUGUGCUUGUACUGAAAUGCAGCCUUAUCCUCAUCUUUGUUGUACAGUCUGUAUGCAUGCCUAUGUGUUCUCUGUGUAUCAUAUGUCAUUCUCUGUUGCCUAGCUAUCACUUCGGGUGACUUGAGUAUUUAUAGUUACAUUAACUAUGAACUGAUUCGAGCUUUACAUGUUUAGAAACAUGUAUUUUGGCAUCCUUUACUUGGGAGUAUUGGUCUGUCCGAUGUCCCUAUCAAUCAAGUACAAUAUUUUGGUUA